ACGUUCUUACGUAUACACGUGAUGUAAUUGUCAAGCGGACUGAAUCCGGCCAUUAUCAGACAUGUUGUAUUGGCAUGAAGCGGCUCUACUGUACAUCAUCAACUAUCUGGUAACAGUAGGAGGAGUUGAUCCAUCCUGCGGCUGCGUGGUGUUCCAGAGCUACGGCCUCUCACAUGGCCACUUCUACUCGCCAAACUACCCGAACUUCUAUCAGUCCAACUUCGACUGCAUUCUCUACACCUUUAUCGGCGAUGUCAAUGAAAUAGUAGAAAUCAAAUUCCUGAACAUGGACCUUGAACAACAGAGGACAGCACGAGGGCAUGAGUGCAAAGACUAUAUUCGAAUCUACUCAAAUACGGAUCGAGGGGAGGUUAAUGAAGACAGUCGAUACGACGAGGAAAUUUGUGGAUCGCUCGCGUCAAUGGAAGAAAAGAAGUUCUAUUCAAGUGGUCGGGCUUUAGUACUUGAAUUCCAUAUCGGAGCAAAUUCAUCAGAAAAAAGACAUACUGGCUUCAAAGGAGUGUUUUCUUUCUUAGAGAAAAGUGCAUUUAAAACCGACGGCCUAUUGCAGUACGGUACGCAAUGCUCCUACAACAUUCAAAGCAUGAACAACCACACAAAGGGUAACUUUUACUCGCCGAGAUACCCGCAGAAAUACCCCCGCUCGUCACAUUGUCAGUAUAUGUUCAUGGGCCAGGAGACGGAGACGGUGAAAGUGACCUUCAAUCUUAUACGUUUGCCCAAGCCAAAUCAUUGCGGUGACUACAUCCGGGUAUACGACGGGAGCAACAGUUCCGGCAAACUGCUUAAACAAUUUUGUGAUCAUACUUUUAAUAAUGAAGUAGUGUUGUCUACGAGUCCAUAUUUGUAUAUAGAAUUUAAGUCUGACGACGAUAAAGAAAAAGAGGGAUUUUCUGCUGAAUAUACGUUCUUGGAUAACCGGUGGGAAGAGAACAACCCGUCGCCCACAAGCAACGAUGGUAGCUCGGAACGUGUUACUGGGCCUAUCAUAAUGGAUAAGUGCAACAAGAAUUUCGUGAGCCAGCCUAACCAUAAAGGGGGGGUGAUCAACAGUCCCAAUACAGGGAGGAGCUACCAGUCCGGGAUCAUCUGCCAGUACGAAUUCGAGGCCUCGGGACAGGAGCGAAUACAGCUGAAAAUUACCAAACUUGAUCUUCAUUAUUCUGCAGGCGAUCCGAAUGAUCCUUAUGGCUGCGAAAACCAGGACAGCCUAACGGUGUUCGUGUACAUCGACAGUAAGGAGGUAGAGCUGGGCGAGUUUUGUGGGCGGAAGUUUCCGCCCCAGCUGAUGUCUCCGGGACCGCGGAUGAAAGUCAUCUUCAAAAGUGAAAGUACGCCCAAGGACAAUAACUCAGGGUUCGAGUUAGCGUAUAGUUUUAGAACAGAUUACGGGGUCGAGGGUAAUGGACAGCAGGAUGAGAGACACGUCUGCACAUUCCAAUUUCACAGUGCAUUGCACUCACAGGGUUUUUUCACAUCUCCAAAUUACGGGGGGCAUUACCCCAGAAACACUGAGUGCCAUUACAUUUUCUAUGGGAAAAAGAAUGAGAGGGUUGUCGUGGAAUUCUCCCAUUUCGAUGUGGAUGGAAUAAUUCCAAGAUGUGACACCAAGACCGACAGCGACUACGUCUCCUUCUCCAACUUCUUGAAUAGCGUGGACCGAGCGAUGCCCCGUUACUGUGGUAGCCGACCUGCCUACGAGCCAAUCAAAUCUGACGCCGCCUUCUUCCGCGUCACGUUCGAGUCUAACGACCAGUAUGACGCAAAUGGAUUCAAGGCUAAUUUCGAAUUCGUUAGAGACGAGGACGAGACAGAUAGGUAUAAAACACCGUCACCAUCCCCAUGGAUCACCCAGAAUCCCCCUAAUUCGGUUCCGGCUCAAAGCGUCAGUCGCUUCAACUUUGCCAUAAUUGCGCUGGUUUUCGUGCUUCAGUCUGUGAUAUUUUCUUGACAUCAAGUCGCAUAUGUAUACGCGGUAAGGACGACGCGAGACCAGGUUGUCCGUCAUUAACCAUAGUUAACCAUGGUGAAUUAUUUGCACAGCAUCAAUCUAGAGGAAACUAACGAAUGACUUGAUGGAGAACUUAGAAAGGAACGGCGUUACUUAUUCGAGAACCUUGUCGAAGAAAUGCAUAUAAAUCGAUACAUAUCAUGUUGUAACGAACAUUAUUCGUCAUCCUACCAACGGCUUACAAUUGCACUACAAACAUCAAGAAACAUGGACGAUUAAUGUGACAAAUAUAAACAAUAUAUUAAUCAACGUAUUUGGUUACAGAAUAAUAAUUCCGAUCGAAUAGCAUUCCCGACGUUCUACAAAUGAAAUAUCAACAAUUGGGAUGCUUAAUUAUUUAAAUGUUUGAAAGCAAGAUCAAUAAAGUCUAGUCAUCGCCAAAGAUGCGUGUUUUACGUUACAUGUUAUUUAAUGUCGAUGAUAAUAGUCAAGAUUAUUAAAAAUAUUGAAAACGUACCGUAGCGAACUUAUUUUAUUAAAUGUGUGUGUGUUCAUUUGUUUGAUACAAUCUGACGCCGAAGUGAUCAAAUUGCUCUUCUGACGAGUUUUGAAGAUUGAACUGGGACCAAACAAAAUUAUACGUGUGUAACAUUAUUUGAGCCGCGUUCUGUAGAAACGGAAUAAAAUAAACGUACGUAACGUGCCACUCCAGACUGCACAGGUUUAACUGGGACGACACUGUCCGCUAUUAUGAUAUUUUUCGUUUCAAAAAAGUCUCUGCUUAGCAGAAAUCCAGUCUAUGCGGAGACUAUCGUCCCUGAUGAGCCUGUGCGGAUUGCACGGGAUCAUCUGGGAUAACAGUUUACGCACAUGCAUUAAGCCCAGUUUUCCAAGAACGAGACUCUGUUGCAAGUUGCGUGUCAUAAUAUUUUGUUAAUAUAUAAAUUAUGUAUUAUUCGGGGCUAUUUCGUCGACGCUAAAAUUGUUAAUCGUUCUUAUGCUGCAUGUACGUCCUAAAUAUGUUGUGUAUAUAUACAGACAUGUAUCUUUAUGUGUAAGAUUUAUGUACGUCUGCUUCACAGAAGAUGACCUAUCCAUAAGACGAAUCAGGUUAUUGGGCCGUGCUCUGUGAAAAGGAGGUUUAAUGCAUGUUCGUAAAGUGUCGUCUCAGAUUAGCAUGUGCAGUCCGCACAGGCUAAUCAGGGACGACACUUUCUGCCUAGACUGGAUUUUUUGUUAAGAAGAGACUUUCUUGAAACAAAAAGCAUCAUUUAGCCUGUGCGUACUGCACAGGCUAAUGUGGGACGACACUUUACGCACAUGCAUUAAAACUCUUUGUCAUAGAACAUUGCCCAAUUAUUCUUAUUUCUAGUUACCUAUCGUACCAUAUAACAUCGUACAGUGUAUGGCUUUUAUGAAUUAUUUAUUCGAAUUAACAGUUUUAGAUAAGUUAGUAAUACUUGGUUGUAAAACGUAUUCCAGAAAUAUGUGGAAUAUUCAUUGAGGUUAAGAGUUUAAGAAUCGAUCAUUCACUAGAUCAAAACGCUUCAACAUGUACCUUUUUACCUAUGGCACCUCUGUUAAAAACAGUUUACGUCUAUAUAUUCAAACUGAAUAAUAUUAACUCUCGCAGUCAAUGUGUGAUAUGUUCGUGACAAUUACCACCGAGGUUUUAUAGAUUUACAGUUUAUAUUUUAUAUUACCACACACUAAUUGUCAUGAAAGUUGUGUUGGUUAGUGUUUAUAAAAUUGGUUUAAGAACACGAUGUUAAAAAAUGAAGCUUAUUUAAUAAUGAAUUACAUGUUUACGUUUUUACGGAAUCGUAUGACUUCACAUACAGUACAGAAUCUUUAACCAUUUCCUCCAUAAGAUGAAAAGUGAAAAAAAAAAUUGCAACCAGCAUAAAACCAGAACAGCCUGCGAGUUACUCGCAGUCUGUUCAGGAUUCAUGCUGUUUGCUGCUCAUCAUUAACUAAGGGUUGAAAAUUAAGCCUUUACAACUCGAAUUUAGUAAGAAAGGCCUAUAAUUAAAUAUAACUUGCUAUAGGACUAGACAUGCGUCAAAAUACGUAUGUAAGUGUUAAAGGACAGUGGUUAAGACAACUGUUCAGUUUAAAAAAAAACUUCAGUUUUUGUUUAUUGAAAACAAUAACGAAAUCUGCUGUAGAUAUGUUGUAUGGAUGUAUUACCGAUGACCCACCUAUUUCAAUGAAGUGGAUUGGUUUUAUUGUAUGAACUAUGCUUUAUUCGCAGUUAUCUUUCAAUUUUGUUAAUGGCAUUCAAAAACUGGCUUCAUGAAUAAUUAAACACCAUAUACAUUGUUUGAGGCUACAUUGUAAACAACGAAUGGCUUUAGCAAAAUAUAUACACACAAUUUGAUUUGUAUUGUUGGUUAUAUAUUCACAUAAGAAAAGAAGGCCACAUAUAGAGAAGGAAUUGCAAUUCUUGUAUUUAUUAAUUUAACCACUUUAUUUGUUUGAGAGUUUUACGACUUUGUUUUCAAAUAUUUAAUGCACUGAGUAAUUUGUAAUUUAUGUGCACACACUAUUUAUUAGUGUUAUUAUCCUCAUGCAUUUAUUUAUACAGUUAUACAUGUGUUAUUUACUAUCAACAUAUUUUAAGUAAUCGUUACGCGUGUUCGCGUUGGCCCAUAUAUAUUCGUAUAAUGAAAACAGUUGUGCAUGUUACACAAAUAUUUUAGUGAUUUCUUUGCGAAUAUAUGUUAUUGUAGAAGUGAACAUUGAUUUGAUUAAAGUGUGUAUUUGUGUGUAGUAUACUCAUAUUUAAUUUUAAAAUUAAUGCAAUCAUUCAAUGUGUGUUCAUUAAGACGUGGAAAUAACAGAUACUCAUCAUUUCUUAAUAACCGACAAAAAUCAUUACACCAUAUUUCUCUUUAUUAUUAUAAAUAAAUAAUCGAUUUUUCUUCUAACCAAUGAUAAUCAUAUGCAUGUUUGCAUUAAGUAUUUUUAAAUGGAAUAUUUGAUAACAUUUGUGACAAUUAUUACAUUGCUUCUCUUUGCAUUGACCUGUUUAUUAGUGUUUUGUUCUGGCAAAAUAUUAACAUUACAAUUUAAAUAAGUUUUUAGUUACCCGCUUAUCAUCUGUGUUCUUCGAUUGACAGUUUCAGUUAUUGUAUGGCCUAUGGUUCCCAGACUGCACAAAUCUAUGGUAAUAAAUUGCGUCGUGACUUUAAACUGGUAUACAUCUAUAUGUUAGUCAAGAGUUGCUUACUAGUUAAGUCGCAUCGUGAGAAAAUGAGUAUUAUGUUAAAUGCAGUCUUGUCAGGAGCUACGCUGCCCGUUAUACAGACACGCAAUGUUUUGUGCUCUCAUUAGCGAUCAGUAUGAGUUCUCAUCACAGUAAUCAGACACGCAAUGUUUCGUGCUCUCAUUAGCGAUCAGUAUGAGUUCUCAUCACAGUAAUCAGACACGCAAUGUUUCGUGCUCUCAUUAGCAAUCAGUAUGAGUUCUCAUCACAGUAAUCAGACACGCAAUGUUUCGUGCUCUCAUUAGCGACCAAUAUGAGUUCUCAUCACAGUAAUCAGACACGCAAUGUUUCGUGCUCUCAUUAGCGAUCAGUAUGAGUUCUCAUCACAGUAAUUAGACACGCAAUGUUUCGUGCUCUCAUUAGCGAUCAGUAUGAGUUCUCAUCACAGUAAUCAGACACGCAAUGUUUCGUGCUCUCAUUAGCGAUCAGUAUGAGUUCUCAUCACAGUAAUCAGACACGCAAUGUUUCGUGCUCUCAUUAGCGAUCAGUAUGAGUUCUCAUCACAGUAAUCAGACACGCAAUGUUUCGUGCUCUCAUUAGCGAUCAGUAUGAGUUCUCAUCACAGUAAUCAGACACGCAAUGUUUCGUGCUCUCAUUAGCGAUCAGUAUGAGUUCUCAUCACAGUAAUCAGAUGCAGAUGCAUCUCAUUGAGCUACACUGUUCGGAUGUCUCUUAAGCCCUAUUUUUGCAUGACGAGGCUCGACUAUGUAUGGCUGUGUAUGUCAUGUUAUGAAACGUUUGCUGAGAGUGUCAAUACCAGUAUUUAAUACUUAUUUUAUAUUUGUCUUAUUCUAUAAUGUAAUCAUGCUAUCAGUACGUUUACUUGAUGUUUCUCUUUUCUAUUUAUCAAUAAACAAUGAAUAUAU